CCCGUUGCCGUCCACUCAUUAGCCUCAAAUUCUACAUUCUUGCAUGACUUUUCAUUGCUUUACAAGACUUAUAAAUCCUCUCAAAAUUCCUCAACCUCUCAGUCUCCUCCGACCCUCUCUCUCUCUCUCUCUCUCGCAUUUUGUAAGCUAGCAUCUGAUUUUAUCAGUCAUGAGCCACCAUGAUAAGCAGCAAGUUCCUGGGGCAUAUCCCCCACCUGUGACUGCAUAUCCGCCGAACUAUGGAUAUCCACAGGCAGUAGUAGAUCAGGGCAAAGUUCAAGUUCCUAAUUAUUAUGUUGCACCACCUCCACCAAUUGGUUACCCAACCAGGGGUACUGACCCCGCAGCAGGGUAUCCCCAACACAUGCCUCCCGUUGAAACUACAACUAGGGGUGAAGGGUUUUGGAAAGGAUGUGUUGCUGCCUUGUGCUGUUGCUGGGUCCUGGAUUUUUGCUGUUGCUGAUACUAUUAUGCUCCCAUCAAUUUACAUUCAGUAAAUCUAAGCCUAAUUAUCCUCCAUCCAAUGGGCUGUGACCCAUCAUGUGUAAUCUAAAAUCUUCGAACGGUCUACACAAUUUGAGAGUAUUCGUACUUUAUUAA